AUGUCCCGGCCAGUGUUGUCAACCCACGUGUUAGAUACUUCGACAGGGACGCCUGCGGCUGGUGUUUACGUUGAAUUGCAUAAGAAGUUCGGCUCUUCGUGGACAUUAUGGCACAACACAGCGACCUCCACAGAUGGGAGAGUAGUAUUCCCGUUCACAAAUGAUACUAUGGCCGAGGGGACGUACAAAUUACUGUUUAAAGUUGGUGAUUACUACAAAACUCUUGAUAAGGAGACGUUGUACCCUUAUGUGGAGAUCACCUUCAACACGAAAGAGGGACAACACUACCACAUACCAUUGCUGCUGAGUCCCUACGGAUAUUCCACGUACAGAGGCAGCUGA